UCUGGCUGGCCACGAGCUGUGCCACUGCUAUAAACAACCUCAGUGUCCCAAAUUGAGUAACCACAGAGCACCCCCAGGAGCUCUGGACACUCGUGGUCUUUAGUAGUGGGAGCAGCUUAAUGUCGACAGCAUGGGGCAUCAGGUGAUAAUAUUUGACUUUUCCGUCAUAAGAGGACUGUGGGAAACUCGAGUUAAGAAGAACAAAGAACGCCAGAGGAAGGAGAAAGAAAGAUUAGAGCAAAGUGCAUUGGAGAGGAUAAAACAGGAAUGGACUUUGAUACUGGAGUGCCGUAAGAAAGGUAUCCCUCAAUCAAAAUACCUCAAAAAUGGCUUUGUAGACAUCAGUGAGAAGAACCUGGACACUUCUGGAAAGAAUCCUCAGCUCCAGAAAAGACGUGCUUUGUCGGAUGAAGCAAAAAAGGAAAGAAACAAGUUUAUUUUCCAGCUUUCUGGAGAGCAGUGGACGGAACUCCCAGAUUCUCUGAAACAGCAGACCUAUCUGAAAGAAUGGCACGUGAACAACACAUUGAUACAAACCAUUCCAGCCUACAUUGCAUUAUUUCAAGAUCUGAGAGUGCUGGAAUUGUCAAAAAAUCAAAUCCACCAUCUCCCAGUGGAGAUUGGCUGCUUAAAAAACCUCAAAGUGCUCAAUGUGAGUUUCAAUAAUUUGAAGUCAGUCCCUCCAGAACUGGGUGAUUGUGAGAAUCUAGAAAAACUGGAUUUGUCUGGAAAUAUGGAAAUAACAGAUCUCCCAUUUGAACUAAGUAACCUGAAGCAAGUCACAGUCGUGGAUGUGUCAGCAAACAAGUUCCAUUCUAUUCCAAUUUGUGUGCUCCGGAUGUCUAAUCUGCAGUGCUUGGAUAUCAGCAGCAACAACCUGAAAGAUCUCCCAGAAGACAUAGACAGGUUAGAUCAAUUGGAGACACUCCUCUUGCAGAAAAACAAGCUGACUUAUCUCCCACGAGCUCUCGUCAACAUGCCAAAGCUCAGGUUGCUGGUUGUCAGUGGUGAUGACCUGGUUGAGGUACCCACAGCCAUCUGUGAGUCUACCACAGGCCUAAAAUUCGUGAGUCUCAAGAACAGUCCAGUUGAAACCAUUGUAUGUGAAGACACUGAAGAAAUCAUAGAAACGGAACGUGAACGUGAGCAAGUUGAGAAAGAGUUUAUGAAGGCAUACAUUGAAGACCUGAAGGAAAGGGAGUCUACUCCUUCCUACACUACGAAAGUAUUGCUCAGCCUUCAGCUCUGAACAUCAAAAACCUCUAAAUCACUAGUGGAUAUCUGAAUAACUCUUUUUUUAUCCACCUGAAUAGUAAACACUGGAAAAUAUAAAUGGCCAGAAUCACAUCAAAAUCAUAAGGAAUUAUUUAUUUAUUCCUGUAGUUGUUCCCACUAACUACAGAUAAAAACAAGGGGCAGUAGAGCCUUCACAAGAUGCUGUUUCACAUUUUAAGUCAACAUAUUUAUUUUCAAGUUCAACAGCAGCAGCCACUAAUUUGCAUAUAGACCUGCUGAAAGUAAAUAUUCAUUAUGAUAAAAUACAAACAGGCACAGAUGAAAGAUGGAGACAUUCUGUGUUGCAGUUGAAACACUGGAACAUAAAACAUGAUCUUAUAAAGAGAUUUGAUUUUAUAAAAGGGGAUAGACUAAUUUAGGAAAUGAAUGUGAUCUGUUGUUUUUUUUAAGACCAAAUAACACAUUUUGCUAUUUACAAUAUUCAAAGCAAGAACACACCCAUAGUUAUUGGCAUUUACUUUCUGUUCUGCAAUAAAAUUGUCCUUCUUUUUUAAAAAGUUCACUUUUUAAAGUUUCAACAAGUUUUUAUGUAGAAAGUUGUAGCAGUUUUACUGUUUUUUUUUUUCCCCAGCAUAUUAUAAGAUUUUACCUGUUUGCAAAUUCAAGUACCAAUGUAAU